UCUUCUUCUUCUCGCGUCUCGGACGGGGAGAAACCGUCAAUUCCUUUUGGCAAUGGAGAACCGGAACCCUAUUGCCGACGUUUCAGAUUCAAUCCCUCCAGACUACAAGCUCUGCGGUUUCUUACGCGCAGUCCUUAGGAUUAAAGUUAACCCUAACGACGACCUCGCCGAUGCCCUACCUCUCGGCUCCUUUUGCCGCAUUGCCGGCGACGCUCACUAUGACGUACACUUCGUUACGGAUAACGGCGUCGUUUUGGCCCCUAUUAAUAGCCCGGACCCUGACGUCAGUGGCGAUGCUACUGCGGUGCCCUCAACCUCGAAGAAGAAGAAGAAGGAGAAGAAGAAGAAGAAAAAGUCGAACAGUAUGGAGGUUAUUAUGGAUACGCCCUCCACUUCGAAGAAGAAUAACAAGUGGAGUAGAAUCGGGAUGGUUAAUGGGAGCUUGAGCGUGGUCCAUCAGCUUCACGCGCUGGUGGCGCACAAGUGUUUGAGCAUCAUUGCCAGAGUGGUUUGCGUCGCGGCUGAGAAUGGGGAGGCCAGAGCUGUUCUGCUGAUCGAUGUCUACUUGCCAGUGGCAUUGUGGUCAGGUUGGAGAUUCCCUAAGUCCGCCUCUGCUGCAGCUGCGCUAUUCCGCCAUGUUAGUUGUGAUUGGAAAGCUAGAGGUUCAAUACUUGAGUAUGCCAAACUUGGUGAUGAAGAUUAUUGUAGUAUUUGGAAUCUUUCCGACUGUCAUGCUCUUGGAUGCAAACACCAUUGUAGUGCCCCUGACCCAUCCAAGAAAAAGCUCUUUGAGCUUCAUGAAAUCUUUAAGAGCUUGCCUAGUAUAGUAAAGAAGGUUGAUCCUGAUACUUCAAGAAUAAAUGCAGCUGAUCCAAGUAGACCUGGUAUUUGGUUGGUUGCAGAUGAUAUCUUAGUCAAUAUUCUUUCUUCCCUUGACCCUAUUGACCUUGUUCGGGUAUCUGCAACAUGUCACCAUUUAAGACAUUUGACAGCAUCAAUCAUGCCUUGUAUGAAACUUAAGCUGUUUCCGCAUCAGCAGGCUGCAGUUGAUUGGAUGUUACAGCGUGAGCGGGAUGUUAGACCCUUACCACACCCUCUGUACAUGGAUUUUGUUACUGAAGAUGGAUUUGUUUUUUAUCUAAAUGCUGUGUCUGGUGAAGUAGUAACUGAUGUGGCUCCUAAAGUUAAUGAUUUCCAUGGAGGAAUGUUUUGUGAUGAACCUGGACUUGGUAAAACUAUUACUCUUCUUUCUCUCAUUCUAAAGACACAAGGAACAUUGGCUGAGCCCCCUGAUGGUGUGGAAGUGAUAUGGUGCUCACAUAAUGGAGAUCAAAAGUGUGGUUAUUAUGAGUUGAGGAGUGAUAAUGAUGCAGGGGUAUUACCAGCUAAUAGAGGUAUGGGACAGAAGGCUAGGAGGGGAAUGUUUUCUCCAGAUAAAUUAAUGCCAAAAAGAAGUUUGCAAAGCUCCCUACCUUUAAGAUCUACCUUCGUUGAUUCAGCUGAGUGUGUAACAGAUCCAGAAAUCAAAUUGCUGCCAGUUACAUUCUCCACACCACCAACAUGUGCUACACGAUGUACCAGGAGCUGGAGCCAUGUGAAGAGAAAUCUUAUGCUUGCAUAUGAAGAAUCAGCUCUAUCCCCAGAAGAAAAAAAUCCCAAUAAAAGUUUUAAAAAGAGAAAGCAUGUUUCAAAUGGUCAAUCCGAAAACAUGACAAAGAAACAGCAUAGUCAAUCACAUGAAUUGUCCUCCACUCAGAAGAAGCUUAAAAAUUUUAAUGUGGAUGAUCUUGAGCACGACGAAACUUGGGUCCAAUGUGAUGCUUGUCGCAGGUGGCGGAGGGUUGAUGAUGCAAGCGCAAUGGAUAUAAGUGGAGCAUGGUUUUGCAGUAUGAACACAGAUCCUUUAUUUCAGACAUGUAGUGCUCCAGAAGAAUCUUGGGAUUCUAAACAGCCUGUUACAUACCUUCCAGGAUUCCAUACCAAAGGAACUCCAGGAGGCAUGGAAGAAAAUGUAUCCUUUUUCAUCAAUGUGCUAAAAGAUCAUUAUACAUUUAUUGAUUCAGAAACAAAGAAGGCACUUACUUGGCUGGCUAAACUGUCUGCUGAAAGGCUUUCAGAAAUGGAAGCGGCUGGAUUGGUUUAUACUUUUGUAGAUAUAGGAGUUCCUCAUCCAUAUAACAGAAUAUUUCAAGCAUUUGGUCUCGUUAAGCGGGUGGAGAAGGGAUUUACAAGGUGGCUCUACCCAAGAGCUCUUGUCAACUUGGUCUUUGAUUUGGAUGCACUCCGAAUUGCCCUCUGCAGGCCUUUAAAUUCAUUCAGAUUGUAUCUGUCACGAGCUACUUUAGUUGUUGUUCCUUCAAAUUUAGUUGAUCAUUGGAGAACUCAGAUUGAAAAACAUGUCAGACAUGGUCAGUUGAGGGUUUUUGCAUGGACUGAUCGCAGAAAACCUUCUGUGCACAAUCUUGCUUGGGAUUAUGAUGUAGUUAUAACUACCUUUAAUCGUCUAAGUGCUGAAUGGAGCCCCCAAAAGAAAAGUGCAUUGAUGCAAGUUCAUUGGCUACGGAUAGUAUUAGAUGAAGGCCAUACACUUGGGUCGAGUUUGAGUUUGACAAAUAAGUUGCAAAUGGCAGUUUCUCUGAAGGCUACAAACCGUUGGAUAUUAACAGGUACACCGACUCCCAAUAUCCCUAACAGUCAGCUUUCUCAUCUUCAACCAAUGCUUAAGUUCCUUCAAGAAGAAGCUUAUGGCCAAAAUCAGAAAUCAUGGGAAACUGGCAUUAUUAGGCCAUUUGAGGCGGAGAUGGAGGAGGGUCGGUCACGCUUGUUGCAAUUACUGCACAGAUGCAUGAUCAGUGCAAGGAAGAAAGAUUUGCUAGCAAUUCCUCCUUGCAUCAAGAAAGUGAUGUUCUUGAAUUUUACUCAAGACCAUGCAAGAAGUUACAAUGAGCUGGUAGAAACAGUACGGCGGAAUAUAUUAAUGGCAGAUUGGAAUGACCCUUCUCAUGUUGAGAGUUUACUGAACCCAAAACAAUGGAAGUUCCGCAGUGCUACCAUCAGAAACGUGAGACUUUCUUGUUGUGUGGCGGGACACGUUAGUGUUACGGAUGCCAGCCAAGAUAUUCAGGAAACUAUGGAUAUUUUAGUUGGGAAUGGUCUGGAUCCAAGUUCAGAGGAGUAUGCUUUUAUAAAAUAUAACCUUCAAUUUGGUGGCGACUGUAUGAGGUGCAAAGUAUGGUGCCGUUUACCUGUCAUUACACCCUGUAAACACCUUUUAUGCCUGGACUGUGUUUCUUUGGACAGUGAAAAGUGUACAUUUCCUGGCUGUGGUAACUUAUAUGAGAUGCAGAGUCCUGAAAUACUAACCCGUCCAGAAAAUCCCAAUCCAAAGUGGCCUGUUCCACAGGAUCUUAUCGAGUUACAGCCUUCUUAUAAGCAGGAUGACUGGAAUCCUGAUUGGCAGUCUACCUCCAGCAGCAAAGUAACUUAUCUUGUACAUAGAUUGAGGGAAAUUCAAGAAGCUAAUAGGCUGCUUGUGCAGACUAUUGAGGAUGAAGGUGCCAAUAGUGUUAAUGAUAUUCGUCUCCCCUUUUUGCGUAGCAACAUCAGCAUGACUUUACAUGGACCAGAGAGUGAUAUCUGCCAAGUUCUUCCGGAGAAAGUUAUUAUUUUUUCUCAGUUUCUUGAGCAUAUACAUGUGAUUGAACAGCAGUUAACAAUUGCUGGUAUUGAGUUUGCUAGUAUGUAUAGUCCAAUGCAUUCUGCCAACAAGAUAAAAUCACUGGCAACCUUUCAGCAUGAUGCAAACUGUUUGGCUCUUCUGAUGGAUGGAAGUGCAGCUUUAGGCCUUGAUUUAAGCUUUGUGUCACGUGUUUAUGUGAUGGAACCAAUAUGGGACAAAAGUAUGGAGGAACAGGUGAUUAGUCGUGCUCACAGGAUGGGUGCAACACGCCCUAUUUUUGUGGAAACUUUGGCAAUGAGCGGUACAAUUGAAGACCAAAUGCUGAAAUUCUUACAGGAUCCUGAUGAAUUCAGAAGCCUACUGAAGGAAGCGCAUGAUAAACAAGGUCGUGAUGGAUCACGGCUUCAUCGCACAGUACAUGACUUUGCUGAAAACAAUUAUCUGGCUAGGCUUAGCUUCGUUCGCACAAGUUGUUCCGAGACAUAGUAUAAGCAGCAUAUUUUAGGUGGGAGUCUAUGAAAGAGUUUGGUUACCUACUGACCACUGUUGACAAGUAAUGGGUUCUACUAACUAGCCUUUGCCUUUGGGAAUCUCAUGUGCUGGGAAUCUGGGCAAUCCAGUUAAGCCAGUAAUAUGACAUCUUACUAUAGCAUAACAACUUCCCUGAUUUUGUAUACACAUUAACCAAUCUGUAGAUGGGCAAAUGAAUGUGCUAACUGUUUUUUGGAUAUACAUCUAUUCUUUUGAGUUUUGAUCGCCCCCACAGGGCAAGGGCAAGAAAAUUGUAUUAUAAUGUCUUGGAAAUUUGUAAUGUCGCCAAUUUAUUUUAACAAAAUGUUUGUUUUAGUUUAUUA